AUGAUAGAUUUCCUCCAAUCCGUAGACUAUCAAAUCUGGUUGGUUAUUGUUAAUGGACCCUUUGUUCCAAUGAAAGGAUUUGGUGCUGAAAGGGUCCCUAAAACUGAAGCUGAAUGGAAUACAGAGGACUAUAAACUUAUCUCCUUGAAUGCCAAGGCCAAAGUCAAUCUGAAUUGUGCUAUAAGUCCUAGUGAAUAUAAUAGAGUCUUUACUUGCACCACAGCUAAAGAAAUCUGUGAUAAACUUCAGAUUACUUAUGAAGGAACCUCACAGGUCAAGGAAUCUAAAAUUGACAUUCUUAUACAUCAAUAUGAAUUGUUUCAUAUGAAUGAAGAUGAGACUAUUAGUGCAAUGUUUGUGAGAUUUACUGACAUCAUAAAUGGCUUGAAACAUCUUUGCAGAACUAUGACUAACUCUGAUCUUGCAAGGAAAGUUCUAAGAAGCCUACCCGAAAAAUGGGAUGCAAAAGCAACGGCAAUCAAAGAAGCUCACAAUCUCAACACACUUGAGUUGGAUGAACUUCUUGGCUCUCUUCUCACAUGGGAAAUCACUCUAAAAGAUCGAGAAGGAGAUCAUCAUCGAAAGAAAGAAAUUGCUCUUAAAGUAUCUUCAAGAGAAAAGGAAGUUGUCGACAACGAAGGUGAAGACGAUGAUCUAGCUCUCAUCACUCAAUCCUUCAAAAAAAUUCUUCUUAGAAAGAAAUUCAACAAGGGAAGGUUCAAAAAGGGAGACUUAUCUAAUGAGCAAGGCAAACGUGAUACCUCUACCUGUUUUCACUGUGAAAAACCGGGACACUUUAAAGCUGAUUGUCAUGCCUACAAAGAGGAAAAGAAAAAGAGAAGAGCAAUGCAAGCCACUUGGGAAGAUGACGACUCAAAUGGAUCCGAAAGUGAUGAGGAAAAGGCAAUUCUUUGUCUCAUGGCAAAUAAGGGUGAGGUAAACUCAAAUUAUGACUCUUCCUCCGAAUGUGAAAUGUCUUAUGAUGACUUAGUUGAUGCAUAUAAUGGAUUACUUGAUGGUUUUAAAGAUUUGCAUGACGAACUUGGUAAAAUGGUCAAAAAAUGUGCUUCUCAAAGAAGAGAGAAACUUAUCAUUGAAAACAAACUUCAAAAUCUUCUUAAUGAAAAUGAGUGCUUGAAAAAGGAAUGCACCUUGCUUAAAGAAACAGGAUCUCCCGAACUCAUCUCUGAAAAUGCUUCCUUAAAGUUAGUCAUUGAAAACCAAAUUGAUGAUCUAGCAAAGUUCACUCAAGAUAGCGGAUGUUCAAGGUAUAUUACGGGUGACCGCGCAAAAUUCUCCUCUCUAGAAGCAUACAAUGGAGGAAGCGUUACAUUUGGAGAUAACUCUAUAGGGAAGAAACAAAAUUCAAUAGCAUUAUCCACCGCUGAAGCUGAAUAUGUUGCUGCAGGCGAUAUUAAUCUGAUGUUCAUCAACACCGAGAAUCAAUUGGCGGAUAUUCUCACAAAGCCUCUUCAAGAAGAUAGGUUUUGCACUCUUCGGCGAAAAAUCGGAAUGGCUAUAGAGAGUGAGAUACAUAAUAGCAACUGA